AUGGCCCAGAUCUAUUUGCUAGUGGCAGGAGUGAUGCUCUGCUCCAUCCCUGCUUGCUCUCUUGGCUGGAACUUGCCUAGAAGCCAUAGCCAGGAAAACAAGGAAGUCUUCCAACAUUUGAAACAGAUGCAAAGGAUCCCCUCUCAGUGGUGCCUAAAGGACAGAACCGACUUCAAAUGUCCUUGGAAAAGAGAGAAUAUCACCCCAAUCCAGAUGUCUCAAGGCACCUGUCACCACCAUCUGAUGCUCCAGCAGAUCUUCAACCUCUUCGCCACGGAGGACAGCCGUGCUGCCUGGAACAACACCCUCCUCGAUAAACUUCUCUCCAGCCUUCAUCUGAGGCUGCACCGACUGGAGCAGCUGAAAAAAGACAAUCUAGAUUGUCGAGAUUUGGGACUGGCUGCCCGGGAGUAUUUCCACGGAAUCCAUGUCUACCUGAAGGCAAAGGAAUACAGCCCCUGUGCCUGGGAGGUUGUCAGAGUGGAAAUUGAAAGGUGCCUUUCCCUUAUGUAA